AGAAAAAGAAUAAAGAGGAGCACGAAUUAUCUUUAGCGUUUCCCAUAUCUUCUCCUCCUCCACCUUAAAUCUCCUUAUUACUCCCUCCAAAACUCACCUCAGGCAACCAUGCUUAUAAACUUCUCGUCCUCUCCACCUUCUUCUUCUUCUUCUUCUUCUUCUUCUUCUUCUUCUCUUCUUAGACUAAUCAGUUCAAAUUCACCCUCCUCAGAGUUCCCACUAAAGCCCAAGACUUUUGUCUUCUCAAAAUCUCUCUCUUCUUCCCUUUCUUAUUCGUUUCCUUUAUCAAACUGCAGUUUUCGUUGUAAAAAUCAUUUGUUAUUUGGAAAGAGCAGAUACCCAGCUGGGAAAAAGCUUGAUUUCAGGUCAUGGGCUAUUCCUGCUCUCGAUUGGGGGAAUUUCGAAAGUGCUCAGUCUGUUUUGGAAGCAGCUGCCGUGUUAACAGCCAUUAUUGUUGUUCACGAGAGUGGUCAUUUCCUUGCCGCUUAUCUACAAGGAAUCCAUGUAAGUAAAUUUGCAGUUGGGUUUGGUCCAAUCUUAGCUAAAUUCAACGCUAACAAUGUAGAGUAUUCUAUUAGAGCUUUUCCUCUUGGUGGUUUUGUUGGAUUCCCUGAUAAUGACCCUGAUAGCGAUAUUCCUGUUGAUGAUGAGAAUUUGCUUAAGAAUAGGCCGAUAUUAGAUAGAGUGAUUGUGGUCUCGGCCGGCGUCAUCGCCAACAUAAUAUUUGCGUAUUUAAUCAUUUUCACGCAAGUCUUAUCAGUUGGGUUGCCAGUGCAAGAAGCCUUUCCUGGGGUGCUUGUGCCCGAGGUUCGACCCUUCUCUGCUGCUUCCCGUGAUGGAUUACUUCCCGGAGAUGUAAUCCUCGCGGUGAAUGGCUCCAAUUUGCCGAAAACAGGACCUACUGCGAUUUCCGAGAUUGUUGAUGUCAUCAAGAGAAGUCCAAAAAAAAAUGUGUUGCUCAAGGUUGCCAGGGGAAAUCAAGAUUUUGAUAUUGGUGUUAUCCCAGAUGAGAAUUUUGAUGGCACUGGAAAAAUUGGGGUUCAAUUAUCUCCAAAUCUGAAGUUUUCAAAGGUUAAACCCAAAAACGUAGUGGAGACUUUUCAGUAUACUGGGAAGGAAUUUUUGGGUCUGUCAUCUAAUGUUCUUGAUGGCUUGAAACAGGCCUUUCUGAAUUUUUCUAAAUCUGCUAGUAAGGUUUCAGGUCCUGUUGCUAUUAUUGCUGUUGGUGCCGAAGUCGCCAGAUCCAACAUAGAUGGCCUUUACCAGUUUGCAGCUGUGCUGAAUCUUAAUCUUGCAGUGAUCAACCUUCUUCCUUUACCUGCAUUGGAUGGUGGAACAUUGGCAUUGAUCCUCGUGGAGGCAGCUAGAGGUGGGAGGAAGCUUCCUUUAGAACUAGAGCAGCGGAUUAUGUCGUCAGGAAUUAUGCUUGUUAUACUCCUGGGGCUAUUCCUUAUUGUCAGGGAUACGCUUAACCUCGAUUUUAUUAGAGAUAUGUUAUGAUUAUUUGCAAGGCAGAUGAAGUUCAUUCAGUAAAUCUGGAGCCAGGUCAAUCUGAAGGCCUGUGGUGUCUUGCAAAGGGGAUAGAGUGAGUUGAUUGUGAAUAUUGAGAAUGUGAUGGUUACUUCUACCAAGCCACUAUCUAGCAGGUAACAGAUAUGGACAUAUUUCAUUUGGUUGGCAUGGGUGUAUUCCUCAGAUUCUGUAUUAUUGUAUUGAUGCUGUUUUAAAGAAGUGAAAUUUAUAUGCUU